CAGACUGACGUUUGGCUGCAACGCGGGCGGCGCGUGGCAGGGAUGGCGCUGGCGCGGGCCUGGAAGCAGAUGUCCUGGUUCUACUACCAGUACCUGCUGGUGAUGGCGCUCUACAUGCUGGAGCCCUGGGAGCGGACUGUGUUCAAUUCCAUGCUGGUUUCCAUCGUGGGGAUGGCACUGUACACAGGAUAUGUCUUCAUGCCUCAGCACAUCAUGGCCAUACUGCACUACUUUGAAAUUGUACAGUGA